UGGCCUGUGUCGACUCGUUCGACAGCGUUCGACAUUCGGUCGAAAUUCGAACGAAUGAAUAAAAGGAGCAAGCGGUGAGAAUGGCAUUUGUGCGUGAAAUUGUUUUAGUUUUUUGUGUGAACAAGUGAAUUUUUCUCACAAUAUUACCCUCUCGGUUGUGCUCCCGUAUUUGUUUAGUGUUUAAGUAAUAAAACAUCCCAUAAAGUGCCGCCACAGUGAUGUGAAGUGAUAAAAGCUUGUCUUUUAAUAAUGUUAAGUGACUGGGGUGGUAACUGGUGACCACGGAUUUUGUUGCUGUUACAAUGGACCGACUUCCCGCUAACGAAGGAAUUUAAAACAUACGGGGCCGACCGGAAUGGAUGAGGGUCUACUAAAUGACCUACUGGAGUGCUCAGUGUGCCUGGAGCGGCUCGACACUUCCUCCAGGGUGCUGCCGUGUCAGCAUACCUUCUGUUUGAAAUGCCUCAAGGUGAUAGUAGAAUCCCACAAGGAGUUGCGAUGUCCCGAGUGCCGAGUGCUGGUGGAAGUGAAGGUGGAGGAGCUGCCUCCGAACGUACUCCUCAUGAGGAUCCUCGAGGGUAUGAAGAACUCUGCGCCCAGGAAGAUCAGCGGACCCAGAGUUAGAAGUGGUCACUCACAGACGCAGGCGCAGCUACAGUCUUUGCGUUCGGAAGGCAAGCAGCCCCCGCCGCACGCGCGAGCCAUGUACGACUACAUAUCUAAGGAGCUAGGUGACCUCUCCUUCAAAAAAGGUGAGACAGUCAUCCUACAGAAAAAGUUAGACCCGUUCUGGUACCAUGGCGAGUGUUCUGGUCGGACCGGCAUGUUUCCCAUCACCUAUGUGCAGGUGGUAGUACCUUUACCAGUGUCCACUGCACUAUGUAAAGCACUGUACGACUUUCGGAUGUCAGCGCCCGAUGAAGAGGGAUGCUUAGCAUUUGAUAAAGGUGCAAUAAUAACGGUGCACCGGCGAGUGGACGAGAACUGGGCGGAAGGUCGCCUCGACCAGCGAGUGGGCAUAUUCCCCAUCGCCUUCGUCGAGCUCAACCAGGCGGCUAGACAGCUUAUGAACACGGCACCAUUAAAUCGACCCGUCCCAGCUUUACCAGACCACACAAGAGCUGGUCAUUCUGAACAUAGACAUCAUGCACAGCAUCCACACAGAUACCAGCCGAUGUCCAUCUCAACCCCAAAUGCUAGCCAAGCAAACUACCAAAACAUAGCAACCAUGAGCCAAUCCCACCCCAACCCCAACUACCACCCAGCCCACCCCACAACCACACAACCCACCCAAAUACUCAUCCCACAACCUGUCAACCAGCACAUCUCAACCAUAACCCACAGUGGCCUGGUUACAACCACAGCCGUACCCAGAAACAUCAUGGAACCAAGCACAAAACAUUCGUUAGACCUAAUACAUUUCACCAAUAUGCACAAUAAAACGCACCAAUUAAGUACCAUGGGAGUCCAAAGUGUUUCACGUAUAGGGGAGAACUAUGAUAGACUCCGUACAGCCAAAUUUGACAACUACAACUCCACCCCGGUACAUAAACUAGAGACGACAUAUCAAAAUGUCCGAACACAUGAACAUUUCCCUGUUACAUCAGUUAGUUUUACAAAUAACAGUUCAGAUUCGAGUUCUAGUGUGAACACACCUUCGGCUGGAGUUAUAAGUUCUACGACAACACCUAACACCAGUUCCAAUACUAGUACAUGUGAAAGUGCUGAACCUAGCUUACCUAGCUCUCCAGAUAAUGCUGAUCGAACUAAUGUAUUACCAACUAAUAAUGCUCAGAAUGCUCAAAUUACUCAGUCAACGGAAACAGACACUCAAGAAGCUCAGGACACGUCUCUCAAUACUUCAUUAGGAGUCUUAAAUCUAAAUGAAAGUUCAACAGCGACUAAUACUUCGCUAAACGUCAGUUUACCACCAUCAGAAAGUCCAAAAUUGAAUGCAUCUGGUGGGAGUAACUCUUCACCAAACCAAGUAGAAAAUCAAGAAACUUCAACCAAUAGUGAGCCUUCUAGACUUGAAGUACCGACUUCUAGUAAAAACGUUUUGCGGUCCAGUGGUCCGGAUUCAAUUUUAACGUUUGGUUUGGGGUUGCAAGCUGCGCUAUCACCCUCCCAUAGUAAAGAGGGAAAUUAUAUGGCCAGAGGGCAUAGGGAUCAUCACCAUAGAGAGAGGGAGAAAAGACAUAGUCUGACUCCUUCUACACAUUUGCAAGGGAAUCAUAUACAAAAUAGGCACUCAGCAGAGAUCCUAGCAACGAGUCUCCUAGACCACGCAACAGAUAGAGAGCGAGAGAGGCCGGAGAGAGAAAGAGAAAGGCGUAGGAGAAGAUCGCGGAGCAACGAGAGACCUCUACCAGCGGCCUAUAUCGCUCUGUAUCCGUAUAAACCACAGAAACCUGAUGAACUAGAGCUUAAGAAAGGAGGAGUGUACACAGUAACAGAGAGGUGUAGAGACGGAUGGUUCAAGGGAUGCUGCGAGCGUGUUCAGAGGUGCGGGGUGUUCCCCGGUAACUAUGUGGCGCCGCUCACCCCCCUGCAACCCUUACAGCCGAGGGUCAAACACGAGAAGAGUGUAUCAGCGACGGCGAGCGUCAAGCCCACGGCAGCGGUGAGCGCGAGCGGAUCCAACGCCGUCAACGCUCUCGCGCCGCCCGACGCGCCGCCCCGCGCCACCAGCCCGCUCGUCACUACCGUUCAACCUUUGACAUACCCAUGGAAUACUCCCUUACAAGCGCAGCAAAGCACACCGAGAUCUGAAAAGUCUAAAGACAAGUCGAAAGCGGAGAAAUCGUCAAUAUCGACGGGGGUGAGCCUCAUGAAGCGUCUGGCGGCCAUGAAGAAGUGCAAAUCACCCCCUCCGGCGGGGUACAGCAUGGACAACCCCGUGUUCGAAGACGGCCCCUCCACCUCGCUGGUGUUGCCCAGCCAGCCGCAUCACGUGCGGUCGGGCUCGUGCCCCUCGCAGCUGCUGCGCGCGCUGCCCGCGCCGCUCGCCGCGCACUCCGCCGCGCACUCGGCGCUCGCCGCGCGUGCUCGCCACCACGACCAACGCUCGCACAGUAGAGGGUCCGCAGAAAGUGGCGAGUGGGCGGGGCACAGAAAGUCUGCGUCACUCGACGUCACGGCGCGCAGAGAGAGACAUCACUCGCAACCCGUGAAAGAGAAAUUUCGCUGCAUCGCUCCGUAUCCACCUAAUUCAGAAUACGAGUUGGAACUAAAAGUGGACGACAUCGUCGUCGUAUGCAAGAAGCGCGGCGACGGCUGGUACAAGGGCACGCUGCAGCGCACGGGCCGCACCGGCCUGUUCCCCGCCUCCUUCGUGCAGAGCGUGCCGCCCGACUGACGCUACGCACACGCUGGCUUCUACAGUGGCUUCUACAGUGGCCUCUACGAUUACAGGAAAAACAAUCUAUAACACAGUGGUUUCCAGAACUCUGAUCAACCGAUAACGUUUAAACUAUCAUGAGUGAUAUCCAUUAUAAAUAUAAAUGUAUACCGGCUAUCGGAGUAUGCCUCACUAGUUUUGGACCCUCCGGACUCCUUUUUCAAUGAAAGAAAGCAAAUAAAACGUUUAUUUCUUAAAUUCUGCCACACAUCACAUAACUAAGGUUAAAAUCUAUUGAACGCACUUUGGUUAGACUUAAGUUCCAGUUAAAACGAGACAGAUUUAUGCGAGCGGUAUAACGCUGUCUCGUUUUAACAGUGUCUUAAGUCUGAGUAAAAUCAAAGUGCUCUCUAUGGAUCUCAGCUUCAGAGUUGGUUAUCCCGGCGUUUCAUCCACUUUAGCUUCAAAGCCAACCAGCCUCAAGCAACGCACAGACUGGAAACGCAUUGAAAAAGGACCCAGAACGGGUUUGAAAUUAGUUGGGCACACUCCAACACGUGAGUUAAUCCGACAUACGUUUACAUUAGUUAUAUAUCUACAUAAUAUGAUAAUUCUGGUGUUCGUCCACCAUGUGCAACGGAUUUAGUUUUGAAAAAGUGACAUUGGUGGUACCAAAACAUAUAUAUAAUGAGAUGACGCCCUUUAUGUUUGCGGCCGAGCUGGCUUUAUGGCAGCGUCGGACCUGUAAUUGUAUACUCUAUCAACUUAGAGAAAUUAUUAUAGGUCUUUCUCUGUUAUAUAUACAAAUUAAAGAGACAAAUGUCAGUGGGCGUUAACCAUUUCGAGCCACCAACCAAUCACAAACAUGUUUUCAAAAAACAUUCGAAAUUCAAUUCGGAGACAUUAUUUGUUUGUGAUUGGUUGAUAAAGUAUAGAAGGUACAUUCGCGAAAUGACUAAUCGGCUAUUUAAAAAAAUUAAAAGGUUUUCAGUCAGUGCAUAAAUAAAACAAAUACCAAGCAGUGAGACGACGCCCUUGAUGUUUACGGACGAGCAGGUUUUGCGUCAGUGAUCUCCUAUAUACCUGAUAUUUACUAAAUUAGCACCAAUAUCGAUCUAAUUCAUAUACGUUCAAAACUGCCAACGUUUUGAAAGUACAUCUAGCGUCAACAACUUGAGCAAAAAGCGAGGUAGUGCGGAAAAAUUAGUGCAACGCGGAAUAAUCUUAAUGACUGAUUAACCAAUCGCGUGCUCCCGCGCGGUAGAAAAUCAUAUACCCCUCCCUCACAUCCUCGCCUCCCGUCCCCUUCGGUCCGAGAGACCUAAGGAAAGUUGAUGCAUCGCAGGAAAAAAGAAACGAGUCAUCAACCAAUCGCGUGCUACCGUGCGAUAGAAAACCAUAAACCCCUCCCUCAACCCCCCCUUCCCCUUGCGUCCCCUUCGGUUGAGAGAGACAAGGAAACUUGGUAGAAAAAAAGAAGUGACUCAUCAACCAAUCGUGUGCUACCGUGCGAUAGAAAUCUACUCGCACCUCCUCCAGUCCACCAAAUGACCUAAAAAUCAAUACUGCGCAUUUGCUCAAUUUGUUCGCCAAUCACUAUACAUAUUCUGAAACAUCACUUUGAGAAUUUCUAAAUGACGUGUUAUGUAACAAGUAUAUUUUUAAAUAGAUAUUUUUCAAUACCUUAGAUGUUAAUAUUUCGAUUCGGCCGUAUCAUAACUAACAAAAAUUAUUAAACAUAUUCGGUCUUGUUCUUUUUACACUA